CUAAGCAAUUUAUUUUAGGUUUUUUUUUCAAUAUGUAAUUUUCCAAGUAUGUAAUAUUUAUCUAAAUUAACAUAAAAAUAUGACAGACUCAUAUCUAUGCGCAUCUGUAACAUCACUGAGUCAGAUCUGUCUAUUUUAAGAAAAAAAACAUAAAUGUCCGAAAUAAGAAAUUAAUUUCAAUGCAUGGAAACAACUUUCUUCGCUAUUUCACUGAAUUAUGUGCUUGCACAUAGAGUGACAAUUAAAGACAGAAAGUUAAAAAAAAAAAUUGCUCGAUUCUGAUAAGUUAAGAAUAAGGAAAUACGAUUGUAUCAAGUGCCAUACUUCAUUGUGGUAUCAGAUUAACACAUCAUGUAUUUGUGUAAUUGUCAGUUGAAAGAUCAAAAGCGUCUAUUAUUUUUCUUUUAAGUUAGUUCAUUCUGUAAAGAAUGACUUAGAUUAAAUUUCCAUUAACUUAAAUCAAGAAGAAAUUAAUUCAACUAACAGAAUUCUUUGCGAUGAAAUUUAUAAAAACAAUUUGUUGCUCCUAACUUCAAUCUCUUUUUCCACAUGUGUUUCAAAUCAAAUCAAUAUCAUUCUAUCCAAAAAAUUAAUUCCUAUCAUUCUAUCCAUGUUAACAGAAUGAUGCAAGUACUCGAUAAGUUAAUCAUCGAUUUAUUAUAAUUAAACGGAGUUUAAUCGAAGCCUCUAAUUAAAUAAUUUAAAUACAUUAUGUCUGUCAUCAAUAUUAGAAACAUUAUUUAUAAGGAACGCGUCCGCUGAAGUAGGUGCUUCUGAAUUUCCAUAACAGAUCUACGAAUCUCAAGACAAAAUCUCAAUUCGAAAUCAUUGCAGUAUACUUCAAAUGGAAUUUUGGUCAAAUGAGAAUUCCUUGUAAAUCUGACAAAAAGAAAAAAACGCUGUCUGAUGAUAAACUGAUAAGACGAACAAACCUAACCUCCAAUCAUUUUUUUAUAAUUUUGCAAAAAUCUGAUAUUGAUUAAUUGAUAGAGUAGAUCUGCUUUCAAAGAAGGAGAAGAAAAACAAAAGCACGUUUUUUCUCCAAGUUAUUGUGAUCGUGAAUGAUCAUAAAUUUAUUUCACUUGAACUUCCUCGUUAACCUCUUUGAUUGACACGCAGUUUGGAUGUGCAUGUACAAAUGUUACAAAAAGGAUCGUGUAAAUAUUAGCUGUCGAUUCGAUUGUUAAAUACGACGAUGGCUGAGAUCAACGCCAGGAGAGAAGCGAGAAGGCGGCGAAUAUUAGAAAACUCCGAAAGUCGUCUACGUAGAAUUACAGGGAGGGUCAAUCCGGGUGAGAUCGAGGAUAAUGAGCCACGAGUGGAAAGCGACAGUCUUAAAGCGGAAUCGAAUUUUGAAGAGGAUAAUAUCAGAAAUGGUGUAUACAAUAUCAAUAGCGACACGAAAUUGCAGGAUUGCGCAAGAUUUGAUGACAGACAUGAAAGCUUUUUAAAUGACACCAGUGAUAAGAAUACACAUUCGCCGGAACAAGAAUCUAAAUCAAAAUUUAUGUUAUCUACAUUAUUGCUCAAUCGUGUCACUUUUAUCUUGUUAGCUGGAAUUGUCAAUAUUUUGCUGGUGUUGAAACUCGACAAUUUAUUUGGACAGGCAGUUAUUAUACCUUGCUUAUUAUUGAUAGUGGGACGUUUAUAUAGACGUAUGACAUUACAUGAAGCACAAGAGCACGGCAAUUUAUUAGCUGCUGCUUUGGUAUUGUGCAAUGUUAAACCCAGAUUAAUUUAUAUAUUCAAAGUAUCAUACACAUUAUUCACUGUAGUGCUUAAUGAUUUCGGUUUAUAUAUGUUUAGUUUUGUAUUGAUGCGCUAUACCAUUAUUCGUUAUUAUUAUAAUGCUGCAAUACCAAUAAAUGCAUAAUUACUCAUGAUAAUCGAAUGAGUAAAGAUGAAGUGAAAAUUCAAUUGUUGGAAAUUUUAUACAAUGUAAAAAAGACAAAGGAUGUUCUCAGAAGAAAAAUAAAUUGUGAUAUAUUGCAUUAUUUAAAAACAUGCAGCUGUCAUCAGAUUUUUCACGUUUUCAGCAUUGUGUCGUGAUUUUGAUUCAAGCAUGUACAGAUGUAUAAAAAAUACUAAUUUUUCUAGAAAAUACAUGUAAUUAUAAUAAAUAUAAUUAUAUACAAAUGUAUAA